AUGGAGUUUCGGGCUUGCAUUCUCUUCUGGACAAUUGUCAUCAUAGCCGAAGCGUCCAAAUGGAUCAGAAAUAUCGCGAGACACGAGGAAAAUCGCGUGUUCGGUGGAGUGCAGUAUCCAGCUGGAGAUAUUCGCAAGCAGGCUUUCACUGUCCUGAUCCGGUACUUCGAGGACAACCUCUUCACAGACACUUCAGACUACGAGUGCUCCGGAACCAUCAUCACGGAGGACUACGUGCUGACAACUGCCUUCUGCCUGCAGGGCCAUGAGUCAGGUGUCUUCUUCGUCGGCAUCACAGGACUCAAAGGUUUGCGACACGACACCACGAUUUCGGAGAUCAAGAUCUCCGAGGAUUACGAUCCGUUGACACAGGAGAACAAUGUCGCUCUGGGGAAGGUGCUAAAUCCCUUUCCACUCGAAACCGGUGAGUUCUCUGUGCCCUUUGCGCCAGAGGAAUCUUGGGGUCCGGAUCAGUUUUGGCUGCGAGCGCUGGUGCUCUACGGACACAGCAAUCCUCAGAAGCUCGAGGUAGGCUACGUCACUGAGCCGACAUUUGGGGUCUUCUAUCCGCGGUCACGCAACUUCUGCACAAUGGUCUUUAAGAUGACUCUGAGGGAGAACGAAUUCUGCGCCACUUCUGUCGAUUUCAGGAGACUCUCCGUCUGUGCUCGAGACUUUGGCGCUGGGCUCAUGUACAUUGAUCGGCAGGGACACUACUAUCUCUACGCCAUGGCGGUCUUUACUGAUCCCUACACGUGCACCGAAGGACCCACGGCCUUCAUCGUGAUCAGCGACUUUCUGGACUGGAUUGAGGAUAAUCUUGAGUAG